AUGAUCGGCCGCAACCUCCUAAAGUACAUAACGGAUAACCAACUCGCCUCCCACGUCCGUGUGGUGGACAAGCGGGUGCCGGAGAUGUGCUUUCUCACGCCGGCGUACAAGGGCCUUCUUGCACUGCCGUACGUUGAGGUCCAGCAGGCUGACCUGUCUGUUCAAGAACACGUUGAUCGCUCCUUCGCUGGGGAGCCAUUCAACAUUAUCGUUAACUUUGCCAGCGAGACUCAGUACGGACACUUUGAUACCAUGUAUGAGCGAAGCAUCCUGCGGUUGCGGACUCUUUGCGCGCAAAAGGCCUUGGCUGUCGGUGGCUGCGAGCGGUAUGUGGAGGUGAGCACGGCACAAGUGUACGAAUCCAGCAACAGCUCCCCAUCAAGAGAGUCUGACACACGCCUGAGGCCUUGGACGACUAUGGGAAAGUAUCAUCUUGAGGCUGAGAAGUUCAUCGCCGCUAGCCCGCAGCUUCCGUGGGUGAUUGUACGGCUACCUAUCGUGUACGGCCCCGGAGAUAUUCGUGGUCUCAUGCCACGUAUCGUUUGUGCUGCGGUGUACGAACACACAGGAAUCUGCAUGGAGUUUCUAUGGGGCAAGGAUCUGCGAAUGCACACCGCACAUGUGCAGGAUGCCGCAGCAGCUAUAUGGCAUAUUGUCUGCGCCGGUUCCAUCCAUGAAGUGUAUAACAUUGUGGAUGACGGUGACACGACGCAGGGAAUACUGAACAGCGUUCUCGAAUCCAUGUUCAAAGUUAAAACAGGGUUCUACGGCGCUAUCACGUCGAAUUUGGCAUCCAUUAAGUUGGAGGAACUUGUGGAGGAGGCCAACGACGGACACAUGGGACCAUGGUCAGAGAUGCUGAAGGAGUGCGGUAUCGCUGUUACUCCCCUCACCCCAUACCUGGAGCCGGAGCUGCUUUACAACAAUCCGCUGACAGUGGAUGGAGGAAAGCUGCGGGCGCUGGGAUUCCAGUGUAGUUGUCCACAGGUGACGAAGGAGCUGCUGGAGGACAGCCUGAACUACUGGGUUGCUCUGGGCCUCUUCCCUAACUGA